AUGAAGGCUCCAAGGGCAUGUUGGCAAUGCCGCCAAUCGAAACGCAAAUGCUCCAGCCGUGGGCCCUGCGAGCCCUGUGUCCCAUGCCAGCGAAGGCACCUACAGUGUGGGCUUGAACCUGCGGGAGCGCGAUAUGGAACAAGUCAUCGUCCAGCUGAGAACUCGUUGUCUUCGAAACUAGAGCAGGCCGGCCAACUGGAGUCCGUGGGCUCCGAUGACCAGGACUUGGCUCCGCAUCUGGCAAUACACCUUGUUGAGCUUUACCUCGAGGAGAUUCAUGAUCGAACCCAGAGUAUCUUCCAUGCGGCGACACUGAGGGUCAAAGUGAAGCACGACGAUAUAAGCAGUGCUCUGCUGUAUGCCAUUUGUGCCCUGGGAUCCAAGUUCUGGGCGGAUCCUGAGAGGCGCGACCUCGAACCGCGUCUCACAGAAGCGGCCAAACGCUUUUUACAAGCCGACCUAGAGAAUAUAUGCGUUGAAAAUAUACAGACCUGUAUUAUACUAGCAAACUUGAGUGCUGGGAACGGUCAGACUCAAUCUCAGGCACUCUAUCUUCGCAUUGCCAGCAGCAUGGCCGAGAUCCUGCACCUCGACUCGCCUCAUCCCGACGCUCCAAUCAUUGAGCGGGAGAUUUCACGGAAGAUAUGGUGGUCACUGUACUUUGCAGACCGCUUGUGUUUCUCGGGACUCGGUCUCCGUUGUCGAGUUGAGGAUGUUGACGAUCAGAGCUCGAACAUUACGUGGAAGCCCGGCAUAUGGGCCCAAUUGGUCAAGCUGGGUCGUCACCUUGUGCCAAUCCAAGACCUCAACCGCCGCAUUGCGACCGGGGUCAAGGAUACCAGCAAAGUUGACCUUGAGAUGGAGAACCUCAAGCACGAACUGGAGGCGUGGAGUCGGCAGCUUCCACCAGAGAUGCAGAUGUCGAUUCAGAACCUAAUCAGACAAGAGCAAAAUGGUAUCGGUGGAGCUUUCGUUACGCUACAUCUCACCUAUCACCACUUCUCAACUCUGCUUUACUUUCGCUUCCUCGAGGGCCGGCAGUGCUCAUCGGCGGACGGUUCCGGGUAUAUCGCUCUGUGCAAACACCACGCCUCAUCUUUCAGCAGCCUACUUCACUUGUCUCGCCAGAUAAAGGGUUGCAGAGCCAACUGCCCCACCAUUGCCCACAUGACAGCAGUGUCCUCUUCCGUCUUGGUACAUAGCCUUCUCUUCGGUGGACCAGAGGACCUUCACACGGCUCGUCAAGAGCUCAAGACAAACUUUGAGGCGCUGAUAGAUCUUCAAUAUUACUGGCCCGCUACGGAAGCAAUGAUUAACCGUUUGAUGGCAUUUCAAAGCCUCUGCCUCCUUUCCACAGAGUCUCACAAGCUAGAUGGAUGGAUGGUAAGGUACCUGCUGGAGCAUUCUCUCGCCCUAGAAGAGCGCAAUCUGCCGAUCAAGACUUCGAAUGCGGAUAUGGAAUCAGAGAGUAUGAUAUCCAAAACUCGAGAUCUACAGAAGACGGGGCGGUAUACGGAUUUACAGUCUUUGGCAGAUAAGAAUGGCUAAGUCGAGAUUGCCCAUGUCGUGGGCAAUUCAUCACGGAUGAGGGAAUUACCAGACCACCGAGGCCGGAAUAUGUUAGUGCAUUUUACCUCUGAUUGGUUGGUACGCUCAUCUUAUGAAUGUGUCAUAUCUCGAUCCACAUCUACAGUAAACUUCCAGCCCCCGUUACAUUUAAUAUUCCAACUUGAUCCUAUCAUUUCCUGGAACUGCCCGGUGCGUUUUCUUUAGUGAACUGGCCUAGAAGUUUGAUCACAUGUGUGAAGGAUCAGUCGAUAAUAAGGCAUCAAUAUUACUAGUGUCUAUUCGCGAGGAAACCGGACGUAAAAUGUUGAAGAAACAUAGUAUACAAACCACAUAUGAGAUCUAUUGUAUAUAUCAGUUCUGUACAGCUAUGUAGCAUUAGACCUCAACUACAUCAAGCCUAAGACGAUAUACAACUCUUGACCACUUUCAUGUAGCGUUUUUUU